AUGGCAUCACCUAACAAAUCCAACCCCCUUAGUAAUGAAAUGGCCGGGGGUUCCCCUUCCGCAGCUCGUCUACUUCAAACCGGAAAGUACUCGGACCUCGAGAUCCGUUGUGGCAGCAAAAUCUUCAAAGUUCACCGGAACGUUAUCUGCUUCCAAUCAAAACCGCUGGCGGACUGUGUCGAUGGAGGGUUCUUGGUAAUCUCCCCGGAGGCUACGACCGGAGUUAUCAAGCUCGACGACAGUGAUCCAGGAAUUGUAGAACUAUUUAUCAACUUCCUUUACACUCACGACUACCAUCCACCUACAAGUGCCGAAUUGUUAAAUCCAUCCCACACAUCUGCCGAUUCCGUUGCUCAUGACUUAUCUGCCCACGCAAAGCUUUAUGUAAUGGCAGAUAAAUGCGACAUUCCAGCUCUCAAGUCUCUCUCAAGCCAAAAAUAUAAAGCUGCACUUCCACGAGAGGGACUGGGUAACUCAUUCAUUCUGAGCCUGAAGGUGGGUUUUGAGGAGAUCCCUGACAGCGAAAGACUCCUCAAGGACAAAGCGAUCGAGUUUGAGGGGCAGAAUUACAAGGAACUGCUCGAGAGAGGGGAAUUUGUUAAUCUUUGCGAGGAAAAUGGUCAGAUUGCGAUGGAGUUUCUGCGGGCAACAGUCGCUGUGGCUGCGAAGAAUCUAUUUCCAUCCAAGUGCCCAGAUUGUAGCAACGUGCACUAUAUUGAACGCAAGGUUAAGAAAGUGGGAAAGUCAGACCUUUUGGUUAUCAUUGGGACAGCUAGAUAG